UUAAAUUAUAAUUACUGAAUUAGAAAUUUAGAUUUAGUUUGUCUGUGAGAAUAUAAAUCGGCGAAUUUAUUUCUGCUCGUUAUUUCCACUCUACUUUAUCACGAGUCGAUUUAUUAAAUUUCAUCAUGAAGUCCAUCACUUUAUACCAAGUUGUUGCUUUAGUCUUUGUUUCCUUCAUUCACUGCGGUUUUGGUCAUGAAGAGACUCCAUUCCUGAUUUCUGGUUCAACAUUGACUGAUAUUUGUACUUCAGCUCAAAGUUUGGUUCAAAGUGGUUUAGGUAAGAAUGAGGUUCAACAAAUUUUAGUUGAACAGCUAAUUCAACAUCUUGGCUUGGGUGGUAAACACAAAAAGGCGUAUGCUGGAAGUUAUGAGAAACCUGGAGAAGCUGAGAAGGGACGCGUUCAACAACACGGAAUGUUCAAUGUUAAUGCUAAAGAAGUUAUCAAGAUAGUGAUGAGCAUGAUAGAACUACGAUCAGCAAGAAGAUGCCCACAAUCAUCGCAGGUUUGCACAUCAAUUGCAUUCCCUGGUCAAAUCAAUCUUGCGGAUCAACAGCAAGUCCAAACUCUGUUUGAAAAGCUAAAUGAAAUUAAAAAUUCCCUAGUCAAUUGCGUUGUAUAACUACAAUUAUUUGUAACCUCUAUGCUUCAAAGUUGACAUUAUUACUGAAAUAAAUGAUUUUAUAAAUUUAA